CGAUCCGUAUCCCAGUUCAGUUCGUUACAGGCUGUCGACGCGGUUAUACAACUUCCGACCGAGAACGGCCAACAGCAGGUUCUAUCUGUGCCCCGUCUAACUGGUGUGAGUGAAGUUUCCGUUCGCGCGCGCAUUUCGGACCACCGUGAGUCAGCGCUUACUGGGAUCCAUAGCCGACGUUUGUGGGUGUUGUUUAGAGCUAUUGUGCCAGAGCCUACCUUGAUUCCGGGAAAGCUAUCGGAUUUCGCGAUUAUUUUGUUUGAAUUAUUAAUCCGGAAGCGGGGUUAGUGUUCGCUAGGGGUGUGAGUGUGUGUCAGAGUAAGAGUAAGCGGGCGGACAUAACAACAAGUACCCGGCUGUACGGUUGGUCUACCCCUACCACUCCAGACAGUGACCGCAGCAUUACAGCAGCAGGAAAGUGGGUGAGAGGCGUGAGACAAUCUGUCAAUCAGUUUGAAGUGCAGCUCGGGGUAGUCGGAAUUCGAAGUGGUGUGCCAACGGGGGACGACAUUCCUGGAAAAAAAGUGUUUAUCACUCUCGCUCUCGGCUGAUAGUCGCAUGUAGUGCAAAUAAUUCAUCCAGUGUGUGUUGUAACAACCUGCGGGUGGAGAAUAUCCUUCUUUCUUGUGUGGAAAUUUCGCUCUCCCGACACAGGAACUAGCAACUUUGCGAGGCGGAAGAAGUGAACCGUCGUACGCUGUAAUCGAUUCCAUCCAUUUCGAGCCGUUUCGGGCGCGUGAUAACGAGGAGGCAGCUACCGGAAGUCAACCAGAGGGAAGAACUGCAGUGGAAGUAGCGCACAGUAGCGGUAAGUGGAGCCGUGAAAAAAGUGUGGUGAAAAGUCUGAAAUUGUGUUAUAUAACUGAGCUUCGGCGGAAGUAGAAGAGAAAAGCUGAACAACAAGUGCUGGGAGAAUCGAGUUCAGGUGUGCCUGACUGUCGCCCGAAGGGGACUAUGCUUGGGGUAGGAUUUUCCAGCGUACCGGAAGUGAACUGGAUUUAAGGAGGUGUGCUGGUGGUUAAAGGACUGACAUGGGAAAUUAAGUGCUAAUGAAGAAGAAGCGGUGUUUGAAGCAAUGAAAUCCAUUCGGUGAAUGUAAACGUCCCAAAAACCUUCUCGAAGAAGCAUCGCAGCAACCGUUGUCCGUCGAUAGGAACAAAUUUCCCCACCCCACCGCCCCGUAGAUAGGACACCAAUUUAGUGAUUGUGUGCGUGUGAGUGAGCAGCUACAAAAAAAUUGUUUAAAUCGAGUUCUAGCUUGUUCAACCAACGGGUCAUCGGCAGACAGUAGUAACAGUGUCACAACAGCAGAAGCAAUGGGCAAAAAGAACUCCAAACUAAAGCAGGACACGAUCGAUCGGCUCACGACGGCGACCUACUUCACAGAAAAGGAAAUUCGACAAUGGCACAAAGGAUUCCUGAAAGACUGUCCGAACGGACUGCUGACAGAGCAGGGUUUCAUCAAAAUUUACAAACAGUUCUUCCCGCAAGGUGAUCCGAGCAAGUUUGCCUCGCUGGUGUUUCGAGUGUUCGACGAAAACAAUGACGGGUCGAUCGAGUUCGAGGAGUUCAUCAGAGCGCUGUCGAUUACAUCGAGAGGAAAUCUGGACGAGAAGUUGCACUGGGCGUUCCGAUUGUACGACGUCGACAAUGACGGUUUCAUAACGAGGGACGAAAUGUACAACAUCGUCGAUGCCAUCUAUCAGAUGGUGGGUCAGCAGCCGCAAGCCGAGGACGAAAACACACCGCAGAAACGGGUGGAUAAAAUCUUCGACCAGAUGGACAAGAAUCACGACGACCGGCUCACGCUGGAGGAGUUCCGCGAGGGCAGCAAGGCGGAUCCACGCAUCGUUCAGGCGCUUAGUUUAGGGGGCGAUUAACCGAAUGACGACUCGCGAACACAUGGGCCACCCCCGCAGCGGUCGUACCAGUACGACGAGCAGCACAACAUCGAAAUCCGACCGGUGCCGGGUGGCAACAGCAGCUCCUACUAGAGGACAGAUAGCAGCACAGGAAAUAGCGAACGGCGAAGCGAAGUGAGCGGUUGACGGACGAACAUUUGGUUGGGCGCGUGGAUGACAGCUGUGGUGUUUUCUUUUCUCAUUUCUGGCAGCUGCUGGGUGGCUUUUGCGUACGCGAGAUCUCUAAUUCACUUGCUUUCUGUUUGAGUUUUUGUUGGCUGUUUGUUGUGAGAGGUAGCACCAAAUACUCCUCUUGCCUCUUGGUUUUUCUUGCUGGAAGGCAUCUUCAAGUUUUUGGCUGUUCUAACUAUGUGUAGUUAAGGUUAAAGUGACUUACUGAAACAAAAAAAAACCUUAAGGGAAGGGGAUAAUCAAUUUCAAGAUAUAAAAAUAAAACAAUCGAAUAGCAUUUACCAACUUAAAAGUAACCUAUCUAAGAAAAAUGCUUCUUCUUAAUACAAUAAAUAUUCGCGUACUUUUAAAUAUAAACUUUUAUGCAAUCUCAGAUUUAAGCAAAAAGCGUCCAGCGCAAUCAAAUCGCUCUUAUAUAAAAACAAAAAACAAAUUAAGUUUGCUUGGCUUUGGAUCGGAAAGCUACUAGAGUAGAGUUACAGACAUCGAACAUGCUGAGCGCUGAACUGUUGGGUAUGUUUUUUUUACGUAACGAACGAAAGAAAACCGCACUACGCAAUCAUACUUGGAAACUGCAACCGUCAAAUUAUCUUGAACAGCAAACCACACCUACACUAACGCAAAACAGAAGAAAAAAAUAUGCACACACGCUAAUGUUUACAGUUUUCGCUAAAGAAAAAAAAUACUAUUUACAACUCGGCCCGUUGGAGAGUGACACGCGAAAUCGUCAUCAGAAAGAGAGACGGAUGAGAGUAGGAAACAGUCGUGCUACCGGUUUUAGAUAAGUGUGUAAAUUUGAGUCAAAAAAUGCCAAAAAAAAAACAAGUAACAGUAACAUAGAUUAUAUUUCAUUACCUUGGAAAACAGAAGGCAGCACCGCAUGUAAAAAUUGCAUUAUUUGUUAUGAAAUUUUAAAGAAAAUCACUGCAAAAAGUGGUGAAGAUAAACAAUAUUGAUAUUAAACGCUAAUUCUAUUGUUGUUAUUGAAUAAACUAAUGAAAAAAAAAUCUUACUAAAACUUAUCUAAUAGGUGGGGUAAAUCAAGCCCGAAAACGGGUGAAUGGCAAUUGAGUGAAAAGGCACACCGACCGAGCAGGACUGGUUAAAGAAAAAAGCAAUAAAAAAACAAAUUUGAUCAAUCUUGAAUGAAACGUGAUUUGAUAAAUGACGAAAUGGAAAAAAAGGGAAAAAUCAACAAUGAAAAUUAACAGCUAGCUAACACCAAAACAAAAUUAAUAACAAACAAACAAAAAAGUCAGUGUUUAGUAAAAUCAUUAACGAACAAAACAAAUUUGUACACCGCCGUCGCCGUCGAAAGUGAGGGAGUCAGACAAACGUGUAAUCCAACCCAUCAAAGCAAACCGGUUCAUAUUUUGCGCGUAUUAUUGGUAAUACAAUGAAACAGACAACAAAAGAAACGAACGAACGAACAUACAAACAAAAAUGUGUUAUUUUUAUACAGCAUUCGAAGCAGAAGCGUUGUUACAGCAAAAUUAUCCAUGGCGACGAAUAACAAAAAAGACGGGGGGAAAACAUUAAUGCAACCAUUUCCGUCUCACGCACACUGUUUGAAAUCAAAGCAAAGCAACCAUACAAAAGGGUUUAGGCGCUGAUGGGUGCGAGGGUUGUGUUUUUUAGUAAUUUCGUUAAGUUUUGUUUUUUUAAAUGGAAAUAACGUACGCUCAGGUGUAGAACUAAAACGCCAGGCGAAAGAUUGGUCUCAUUAACUAAAGAUUAUAUAUUGAGUAACAUUAUCCAAUCUCGGUAAUUUUGUUCGAAAACUCCCCAGUUUCAUAUUCAAUUUGUUAGUAGUAAUAUUUGAGCCAAAUGCUGUUAAGAAGUUAGAUAACUCAACGAACAUCUCACCAAAUGACGUAGAAAAUACGCACCAUUGUGAAGAUGAAGUUCGCACGAUUUUCUCUUUGUCCUUCGGGUCAUAGCCAGCGUCUACAAAUUUUUAAAAAUCCACUUCUCAGGAAUUUUUCACUCGAAAAAAUAUACCAGGGGGAUUUUAUUUUCGUUAUCUAGAAAACAAUGGGAAGAAUUCCCUUCGUCGUUUUUUAGAAGAGCAUUUUCAAGGGAUAAAAAAGAACUGGAAAGGGUACAGAACCAGGAAGCCGAUUGGAACCAUUUCCAAGAGUUCUUUAUGCAGAAAUUGAAGCCCCCGUAACGACUACGUUAACUGCACCGAAUCCAGCAUCUCCCGAACCAGUGGAUUCCCCCUCCUAGAGAACCGUCUACUGAUGGCACCCCGAGCGGGGUGGCGAACGCGAUCAAAACCCGCCGUCAAACCCUACGAAGGCCCCGAAAAACACCGACGUUUAGUGAUCUCUGGACAAAACAGACUAAACCAUUUCCGGCAAGCAAUCGUCGAAGCGAAGGAAACGAGUUGGAGCGAUUUUCUGGACCGAAUUCACCCCGACUCGCUCACAAAGGAGUUCGGACGCCACUUCGCGACACUGUCGUGCACCUACAUCACUACCACCUGAGCAAGAAGCCAAUGCUCGAAGCAACCCCCGAGAUCUUCUUUACCGACACCAUUUUCCGCGUAAUACAAAGCAGUCUCCUCUCCUAUAUGGCUUAAACAUUGGAGCGAAUUGUCAAUAGUCAGCUGACAGAAUCCGCUAAGGACGUCACUAUUUGCGUCGGGGUAUGGGCAGUAUCCAUUUUUGUCUAUACAAUCUUAAAUAGCGACCACUUUCCUAUCCAAGUCUAGUUCUACGAUCGGGUAGACUGGACUUCCUCCCUGACGAGUGGUUCCCGGAGAUCAGAUGAUCAAGAGCACUCCUGUGGAGCUUCAGAAAGGUUAAACAAACCAUAGAAAAGUCAAAAAAUGCAAACUGAACCAGUUUUUGGAAGAUAUCUCCCCAGGCUCCUCGACAUCAGGAGCCCUAUUCUCACCGUCACGUCACCUAGUGAUUGGAGGAAUAUUUUCUAAGGAAUACCCCAAGCGGAAAGUUGCGACAUGACCAUCGGUAAUGAGCUACACUUCGCGUCCCUGUUCGGGGAUGUCCCUCUCGCAAAACAGUUCUGCGAAUCAAGCAGUACGCCCGUUCGAUUCGACCGUGAUUCAAGCCAAGUAGAACCCUUCACCGGAAAUGAACUGUUUUCGAUCCGGAUCACCCCGAUUUGCAUCGAUUUUGUACGCUUGCUACGUAUUACUUCCAGUCUAUUGAGAAUUCGGGGGCCGGCGGGCCCCCAGCGAUCUCUCCACGGCCCCCUUAGGGGUCUGUGGACCGUGGUUGAGAAUCGUUGAUGUGGACAAUUAAAUAUCUGCUCUUGUUCUUCGAAACUCAUCUACCGAGAAAGUUAUUAAUCUCUCCCAACGACGGCAAGGUUUAGCUUCUUUCGCAGCUCACUUUCGACAAUAGGAACAUCCUUUUCGGUUACGGUAACGUCAUACAACGUUAGGUAGACGAAAUUUCCUUCUGGCGAACAUUUAACAUAUAACUUCGGUAACUCACUGAUGGUAGUGUUCCAAGUCAAACAGUUUCACUUGGGCCAUGAAAUGGAUCGACUUUUGAGCUUUCAUGUAAUCCUCGACUCUUCUCUUGCUUCCUGUCUCCAUCUAUUACGUCCCCAUUUAGCUUUCGUUCCAAUGAGCCGUUUAGAUGUUGAUUCCAUGAGUUAUUUAGCUCCUAUUGUCGUGAGUCAGUCAGCUCCCAGCCUUAUAACGAUCUACUCGGAUAGUCCCCGACGGUGAAAUCACCCUACUCCGACUGAGAAUUCCCCGUCGGCGGAAUUUCUCCCAAUACCGAUUCGUGAGCGUUGGUGCGAUUUCUCUCGGCUCCGUUUAGAGAGCCAAUUAGCUCCGGCAGUGGCCCUAACCUACUUAACGGGUAUACCGAUAGGUGCUGAGGUCUGGUCCACUACAAGUGACUACAGAAUUCAAAGGGAACUUAGAGUAUAUUUGAUACAUUAGAAACAUUUUGACGAACAAAAUAAAUGUGUUGGUAGAUAACAUAAUUUGGAGGGUGUUUUUUCCCAAAACACAGAUAGCAGACAACACGCAGUGAAUCCGACCUUUUCACCGAUAAGAACGUGCUACCCUAUGGACUCGUCCUGACGUUUACCCUAUUCCUAAUCAGCAUGUCUACAACUUCCUAUACGCCAGCGAUACCCUGGUAGUUUUCACCGAACAAAUGGUCGAACACGGAUACAAAACUUUCGUUCCCCAUUUCUGAAAAAUCAUGAACGAAUGCUCAAUCAGAAAAAGGUUUGUGAGUAUCAUAUGCACCAAACACUUCAAAUGCAAUCGGUCCCUGGCAAUAACCAUAGCCGGCAUGACACUAAUCCAUUGCCGGAUCUACCAGCGGGUCGAAAUCACCUAACGUAAUCGCAACGGAACGAACUACAUCCUGGCACCUCUAUACAACGGGUCCAUCCGAGCUAUCUCCAAACAGAUACCCUUCUGCUGGAACAUUGCCCUUGUAUCCAUCCGGCGAGCGAUAAUCAUCUUAAAGAGAACAUCCGAGAACGACGAGUCUGUAACCAACGAAACAGCGCUUCCACCGAGUAUGGCCACGCCUCUGGAACGUAGAAUCCCUCCAAAUUGAUACAACACUAUCUCAGACGAUCCGGGUUGUGGGGAAGCCCCCGAAGUCGCACAAUCUACAUACAACCAACUCGUGCAGCUGCGUUUGCCGAACCUACACCCGUAUCUUACACGGACGGAUCCAAAAAGACAACGAGGUUGGAAUCGGAGUCAGUGACAGCGGGACAGGUUUGUGUUCCGUUUUCUCCGUCGAAGUCGUCACCGACUCCUCUCGUUACUCCGCGCGCUUGAAGCUGGUCAAUCCCGACACUCAUUCGUCCAGGCCAUCUAAAUCAACAUCGAUUCAUUCACCACGCUCUGCUAGAUCCUCGAGCACUGCAACGUACAUGGAAACGUGGACGUCGACCAUCUGGUAGCCAAAUACAAGUGUCAGCCGCGGACAUCAUCUGACACGUUGUCCAAGUCCUUAACGCCAAUUUCACCAGCCACUGGCCACUUCUCGAAAAAUCAAACGACCACGAGUGCUGCAGAGAACGGAGGGUUCUAUCCAGAUUGCGGACGGGGUACAUUAGGAUCUCCCACGCACACACUGUUUCUAAUGUUCAACCCCCAAUAUGCACCACUUGCGCUACCCGGAAGACAGUAGAAAACAUCCUUUUCACCUGUCUUGAAAUCCCGGUACGACAUGAGCUCCCGCCUUCAAUUCGCGACUUUCUGGUCAACGACCCCGUACGAGAAGAGGCCGUCCUAAACUUCUUGAAGGACGCCGGGCUAUUCGAGAACAUAUAACCGGAUAACCCACGAUCAUAUUAGCGGUGGACCCUCUGCCGCACCCCCCGGUGCUGGAGAAAUUGCUCGUGGCCUAAACCCGACUGACCAAAACCACCAUCAACCCCAAUCCUAUCCGGGCCCAAAAAACACCAGCACUCAAUAAACAACAAUGCAAUCUGACACUGCUAGGAUUUCCAGCGAACAAAUGAUUUUGUCUUGGAUUUUACGUAAUAGAUCCACCACAAGCUUCAUGCCGGAACACGUCGCCGCUGACAUGUCCAGUAUUGCCAUUUGAUGCUGACUUCUUCGAGCGUUUCUGAGUAGGUGACGACGAAAGUCCACAGUCUCGCUCUCUCCCAAGGUUUGACAGACACUUGCUUAUCGGAGACAUGAUUGUCUUCGAGUACACUGUAACUAGAAAAAGAACGUUUCUUAAUGAAUUUUUAAGUAUUUUUUACAUCUUUGGGCAGCCGGCUACCGAGAGUAACCUAUGUUUUCUCAAUAAAGGCAAUGUAAACUCCAAAUAACCUGCCGUGGGAGUACUGACUAGAAAAUCUAAUCUAAAUCAUAGCCGAUUUUAGGGUUAAAUGUCAGCCAUAGACUUAGACUUGUGUGGAGACAUGAGAUGGGAGACUUGUGAGAAGUGUUAUUUCACCGUUUGACAACCUUAGUACAAUGGCAGUUAUUUGUGCCAGGUUUGGGUCCCAAAUCCUAUCUUCCAAUGUUUUUUUUUAUCUGAGGAUAAAAUUAAAUCAGUCACAACUCUUUUUUGUCUUUAUCGUAUAGAAUGGUUAUGUAAUCAUUCUGAAAAUCGACUUUUCAACAGAGGGCGUCAAGAUCGCAAAGUGCCUGUGUGUGUCAAAUAAUGUCACUCAAUUUUCUCAGAGUAGGCUGAACCGAUUUGCACAAACAGUAUAACGCUCCCACGAGCUGAUAUUGAUUACUGACUGAUCCGACUUCCGGUUCCGGAGUGACGGGUUGAAUAGUGCGGAUACACAGAAACUCUCUUAUAAACUGAUAACACCAUGAUGUCCGAAUGUUUUAAUAUAUAUUAACAUGUGUGCAACAUUACUUAGAUUUACGGGUCUAGAUCACUAAUGAUCAAUCAGAGUAGCUUUAACCACAUUGGCCACCUAUGACGGUCCUUGAUGCCCCAGGGGAACUCGCCAAGUUCCUAAGUCAAUAUUACACCAAUUUCCCAGCGAAUUCUUGAUCGAUUUUUACAAACUUGAUUUCAAAUGAAAGAUAUAGCAAUACCAUUGACUGCUAUUGAAUUUCAUUCGGUACUGACUUUUGGUUCCGGAGUUACAGGUUAAUUAGUAAGGUCACAUUGGAAUUUCCCAUAUAAACCGCAUACCGAAAUAAGAUAAAGGAUUUCUGACGCAUCCUACACUGUCACUCUACUAGCCUCCAACACCCCUCUCCUUCCAAACCCAUUCCAUCUUCAUUUUAACAUAUGAUCUGUAACCCGUCAGGAUAACAGUUCAGUACUGGGUGAAAAUAAACCUAUUUUUGUGUAUACACUCCGUAGAGUGUAUUUGUUUACCCAUAAUUAUGCUCACCGUUGUUCGAUACUGUUCACAUUUACAUUUAUUCGCUUUCGCGUUUGUGAACGGUUUUGUUCGUGCAGAUAGGUUAGAUCAUUUUUGUUUUAUGUUUGUAUAUUAAUAACAUAGGGCUUAGGUACGUCACCGUUCUCCUCCUGAUGUUAUAUUGGUUGCUGAUUAUGCUGCAAGAUUGCUGUGGUGUUGAUUUGUUUUCUUCGGGCAGAAGGCGGCCAUCGUAUGCAAAGCAGUUAGUGACGAACUAAUGAAUCAUAGUUCGAAUAAAUGAGAAAGGCGCAAUCGUACUACUAACGAUUGGUAUCCGAAUUGUCAAAAUUCAUCAGCUGUUAACAAAACGUAAAGUUUGUUUUCAUACAUUUUCACAAUAAUAGGAAUUUUUCAAUAGUGCGUAGUUUAAAUACCGAAAAAAUGUAGCAAACUAUUUUUAAGUUGGACUUUUCCGAAACGAUUGGUGAUUAAAUGAACUUCAAAUUUUAGUUUUACAUGUAACACCUAGUGGUGCAAUUGUGCCUUUCUCAUUCAUCCAGAAUAUGAUUCCAUGAUUGGUUAUACUGUAAAAUUGUUAUUAUGGCACUCGGCUGCCACGAACCUGAUGAGCUACGUGUCACUGAAACAAAAAAGAGAAACAUUUAUUUAGCGUUAGUUAAAUUUUGUCUUCAUUCUAAUUUAUUUUGGUAUGCGGGGGUGAAUGUGUGAGGGUGAGAUGCUGUAGCUUUCAUUUGAGAUUAAAUUUGUUAAAAUCGAGUAAGACAUUGCCGAGCAGCAGAUGUGGAUUCAAUUCAGAAACUUUGUCAUUUUCUUGAAGCCGAAAGUGUCCGAUGUAGACUAUGGAUUUAAUUGGGCAGCAGUGAAACUAUAAAUUCAAACAAUUUAGAACACAAUUUGUGAUGUUUAGCAUCUUUUAGAUAGCAUACUGGUAACGAUUUAUAUGGGUAUUUCAUACGUGACUGCACUUUGCAACCCGUAACGCCGGAACCAGAAGUCGGGUGAGAAUGAAAUACAAUAGCAGCCUAUGGGAAAGUUGUACCUUUCAAUUGAGACUAAUCGGUUCGGCUAUCUCCGAGUGGUCAGAUACAGGAGGAUAUUUUCGAACUAAGUCGAAUAAUAUAAAAUAAUCAUAGCAAGAUUGCAAGGCCUUUCUAUAGGAGAAAGGAAAAAAUGCUAAUUAAGGAUGCCGAUGGAGGUGGGCUUUGUCCAUGGGCUAACUAUAAGAAGAACUCUCUUCCAGGGUACGUCUUGCUUCGGAAGGACAUGUACCCUCAUUGGCUUUACCUAACCGGAUACGGUAGCCUUCAGUAUGAGUAUCGUCAAUUUCAUCGAUUUUUUGCGUGUAGUUCUAACUGAACGUUGUGCCGCCAUCUUGAAUUUUCGAAAAAAAACAUUUUCUAAUUACUGAUAAAUAACGAAAAAAUGAUCAAAUCAGAAGCUCGUAUCUCUUUUCAUUUUUCCACAAAAAAUUCUCAAAUAUUGCUUUGAUUUUCCGCCGAAUGCAGGAGAAGAUCCCCUUAAUCAAAACACUCUAAAAAAUGCCAGGAACCUCGUCCCUUAUCAUAUUUCGGUUCUAAUGAAAGUAAAAAAUGUGACGCGACUCAAAAUUCGUUGUAAUCCCAUGUGUGAUUAAACCGCCAGUGAGCUACUCUCAGCAGAAUGUUACAGCACAAAGGCCUUGUUCCCAGCUCGUUCAUCUGAAACUGAUGAAUCGAUGUGUGCAUUGACAACGGUUGCUCUUGCAGUGCUGGAGACUGUCGAGCUAAAUUAAUUGGCAAAGGCUCUCGUAACUGGGUAGCCGGAAAGGAUCGUUGAUUGGCGCAGUCGUUCAUAGAGAGCGACGAACAAUAUUCCAGAGAUGAUGGGACUAGGAAACAGUAGAAGCUUUUUAGGCAGUAAAAAUUUGUGAAUGAUUUGGUAGUGUGGAAGAUAACAAGCAUGGUCCUCUGUCUGUAAUUUACAUCGUUGAAGUAAACUACGAAGAUGAGUUGUUCAAGAUGGCUUCCUUGUGGAAGGCCAGGUGUAGCUCACGGUCGACGAGUUAUGACUGGAACCAGCAAAGGAGUGACCCAUUGAAUCCCAGUUGGCACAAUUUGGCGAUGGCAAGUUCGUGAUUGAUUUUGUCAAAAGCGGUGGACAUUUUGAAAAUGCUUUGAGAAACGGCGUUCAAAACCAUCGUCGAAGGCAGCGGAAUUAAAUUUCAGGUUUGCUUAUACUAUAUACUAUACCAUCACUGCUUUUCGAGAUCCAACUUUAGUUUCAUCCAAAAAAGUUUGUUUAAAGCAACUAACCUGGUUCCAUAUCGAGGUUCUCACGCGUAUAGGACAACUAUACCGGUUUGUAUCCGUGAAACAGAAGCUUCGUUCAUAUAGCUAGCUACGAAUGGUAUGAUGAUGCAGACACGGAAGCAGAUCACUUCAUAAAAAGACCAACGAUUUACGAUUAGCAGAUAAUAUUAUUUUCUAGCGUGAGUCACGCCCAUAUUCUAUUCGUUUGCUAAAAAAGGUGCCUGUUAUUCCAGGAAAAUUUAAUCAAAUUUCCAUGGGCAAAAACACUGUCUUUCUUAUCGUAAAAAUGGAAAGUAAUCUUUCGGGAUAAGUUUCCCCAGGCAGUGAUUUAUCGUUGUUAGUAACCAUUUAACAAUGCAAACACCUAUUCCGCCUCCAAUGAAUGUGAAAUCAAAAAUUUCGCUCACCGGAAAUCCCCAUGCUCACGGCUGGCACAGACAAAAGCCAUUAUUUCUACUCACUGCCAUCGUAACUACAUUCCGACCACGUUCGCGAGAAUGGAAGAAUUUCUUAGCCCCCAUCAACCGUUAGGUUUUACCCGGAUCUUCUCUAUUUCGACGAAGAAAAAAGAUUCCAGCGACUGCAUUCUUGCCCCUCUCACGUGACACAAGAAAAAUCUCGCUACUAGCUCUCGGUCGUGCUGCACCACUUUCCUGCGGUUCAUCGCAGUUGGCCGCGAAAACAGUGUCUGUUUCUGGUGUUUGAAGGGUAGUUUAUGGCACUUGCACUGAAACCGACGGUCGCGACAGUUAUAAAGCAAUUGAUUGAAAAAAAAGUAUUUUCCCAUUGGUUUACGAGAUCAACAAAAACUGCAACUCUUCCAAGAACCGGAAUCGAUAAAUGAAUGGAAUACCGUUGUCGGUGUAAUAUAAUCAGUCAAGAUGAUGGUAGCGAGGAGUGAAAAUAAAAUAAUAUCAAAGUUGGGCGGUGUAUGUGUAGUGGAGUGGGAAUCUGCUAAUGGCAUCCCACUCAGACGUAAUCCGCCAAAGAGGAGCACGUGCCGGGGGUUUGUUUGCUCGGUGCACCGGAAAUGAAAGAGUUCAAUUUCGAAACAGUUUCCGGGGUUUUCGUCUUUGCAGCAAAUCCCAUUUGGCCGCUCUCGAAUGAACGGAGGAGACACUGAACUCAAAUGACCGGCGUUUGGAUGUACCAUAAUGGCUGAUGCACUUGGCGCCAACUUUUUUUUUUCCAUUUGUGGCUUUGCCCGACAGGGCUGUUGAAUAUGUAUUACACAGUGUCUACAGGCAGGCGGGGGUAGCUAGGUGGUUUUAAUAGUAAAAGAUUCAUUAGCUCGUUAUCGGCUGCCUGCUGGCAAGUGGAAUUUUUAAUGCUACCCGUUUCCUGCGCUGCUCACCCGGUGGAAUAUGACGAAGGACUGACCUCGUAAAAAGAAGGGAAGAUUUGACGGAAGCACUUUCGGUGAGCAAUAAAAUGCGCAAACGGUGGAAGAGUUGGCGUUUUUGUUUCAGAUCUUCAGUCCAAUAAAGAAUUUCAUUCAGGAACACUGUCUUAACUGUUUCUUUAUGAUAUGCUAAAAUGUAAGUUAUUUAAAAGUUUAAAAAUUUGAUGAUUCAAUGAAAAUUGUAUAUCUUAUCGGUUUCGGUGGUAGUACCGAACAAAACUUGAAUACUACUCACUCUAGAUGAACAUCUAUUCUCUGCAUUUGUAUGGUCUACACUUUCGGUUUAAAGCCCUUUACAACAUUAAGGGCCCUAUUCUCACAGCCACGUCACUUAGUCAGAAAAUUUCCCUCUAGUCACUGGGCGACGAGAAUAGGGCCCCAAGAAUUAAUUUAUGUUAUCUCACGUUCUCAUCACACCCCUAUGAAAAGUGGUCUCAUGGUUCCAUAACAGUUUUCAGAUUAGUCAAAUGGUUAAGAUAUUCCCUUGCACCCUGCGCCAUCCCGAUUGAAGAAAACAGAAGCCUAAAAAAUAACUAUCACAAAAUCAACAAAAUUUAUUCAACAGGCUACUCCCCAAACCGCAAAACCUUGCUGGUCGAUCCGAAACCAUUAAGGUUCAAGUUACCUUUUUUAAGCAUGUGUUAGAAUUGAACGCUUGGUAGUGUGCGUAGGAAAAUUUGUGUUCAGCUUUGCCACCGGAUUAUCCAUUUAAACCUUUUUAAAACUCUAAAAGAAGAAUAUCAGUCGAUUUAUUAGAUCAUCACGAUUCAAUUCAUGCAAAAUACCUGCUGGAAAAACCAUCGGCUUAGCUAAAUGGUGCUUUUGAAAAAGUGGCUGUGGUUUUUUCAUUGCGCAGUUGUGUUGCGUACCCCAGCUCGGUGUGGUAGUGUGAUAAAAAAUCACAGCCACUUUUUCAAAAGCACCAUUUAGCUAAGCCGAUGGUUUUUCCAGCAGGUAUUUUGCAUGAAUUGAAUCGUGAUGAUCUAAUAAAUCGACUGAUAUUCUUCUUUUAGAGUUGUGAAAAGGUUUAAAUGGAUAAUCUGGUGGCAAAGCUGAACACAAUUUUUCUUACGCAUACUACCAAGCCUUGAGGUAACUUGAGCCUUAAACUAACAAGAAACAGAAAACAAACUUAUUCUCAGAUUCCUAUAUGUGUGUGUAACGAAUGCAAAAAAAAAUCUCAAAACUCUCACCUGCUAACAAACAAACAUUAAACUUUCAAGUGGACAAUUUAACAAAUAAGUAAAAUACAUUGAUUAGCUCACGUGAUACAAUGGAAGGUGAAACUAUUUCAAAACAAAACAAAAACCAAAGGAAAAGUUACAUGAUUAAAUAAAAAAUCUUACAAAAACUUACAACCUCUCGGCUCAGUCAAUGAUUGUUUACUUUUUGCGCCGCUAUAAAACAAAGCUCUCGCUCUCUUUUUACUUGUCUGCUUACUCGUUGAGAUUUGUUACUACUACUACUACUACUAGGGAAACUAACGGUAGAAUAGCAAUAGUUAGUAUCUGUGCGCUUUUGCUGAGGCCUAACGGUUGAGGAGAAGGAAGGGGGGAAACAAACUAUGUUUUAAAAAAAUAAAAGCAAAAAAACUUGCCUCUUUA